CGCCCGCGUGUUCAGUCCGCGGCGGUGGAGCUGAUGGAGGCGCGAUGGCUCCGUUUCCCGAUGAGGUGGAUGUUUUCACGGGCCCUCACUGGCGCAUGAAGCAGCUGGUGGGUCUUUACAGCGAAAAGCUGUCGAACACCAACUUCUCCAACAACAGGGACUUCCGGUCGUUCCUGCAGUCGCUGCUGGACACCUUCACCGAGUUCAAGAAGCACGAGCAGAUCGAGAACGAGUGCAUCAUGGAGCUGCUGCAGGAGCGCAGUCACACCGUCUACCACGUCCACGCAGACAACAAGCUGAGCGACAUGCUCACACUCUUCCAGAAGGGGCUGCGCAGCGUCACGAGCGAGUUCGAGCAGCUGAAUUACGCGCAGCAGCUGAAGGAGCGACUGGAGGCUUUCACACAGGACUUCAUUCCUCACAUGAAGGAGGAAGAGGAGGUGUAUCAGCCGAUGCUGAUGGAGUAUUUCUCCUAUGAGGAGCUGAAGGCCAUCAAGCAGCAGGUGAUGCUCCAGCACUGCAGCUCUCAGUGUCAGUCCAGCUGCUCAGACACACACACACUGCUGAAGGGCCUCAGUCUGUGGAGCCACGCCGAACUGCAGAAGGCCUUCAAAUACUCUGACCAUGAGAAGACUGGAGACGAGCGUGUGUUGGAGCGUGUGUCGGUGUCUUCUCUCCCGCAGGAGCUGCUUCUGCGUAUCUUCAGGUUUCUGGGUCCGCAGGAUCUGUGCCGCUGUGCUCAGGUAUGCAGCGUCUGGACUCAGGUGACCAGAACCGGCUCUCUGUGGAGACACCUGUACCCAGUGCGCUGGGCCAGAGGUGAGUAUUACAGUGGUCCUCCGGGUGAUCUGGAUCAGGAGCCGGAUGAUGAUUGGAUAAAGAGUCUCCAGGACGAUGGAAGAGCCUAUCAGGAGUGGGACGAGGAUGCAGACGUGGACGAAUCAGAGGAGGCGUCUGCAGAGCGCUCCUCCAUCAGUGCUCUGCAGAGAGAGAAGCUCCUGCUGAACGGGAUCAUCCAGAAGCUGCUGCCGGCUGUCGGGCCCUCGGUGCGCUCGCUCAGCCUGGCCUACAGCUCCACGCUCUCCAGCAAGAUGGUGCGGCAGAUGCUCAGUCUGUGUCCCAAUCUGACCCAUCUGGAUCUCACGCAGACGGACGUCUCGGACUCUGCCUUCGACAGCUGGUGUGCGUUGGGUGCGUGUGGGGCUCUGCAGCAUCUGGAUCUGUCGGGCUGUGAUAAAAUCACAGAUCGAACCCUAAAGAUCAUCUCUGUGGGUUUGGGAGAUUCGUCAGCACCCAGUCCAGCCCACAAGCUCCUUCAAGUCCCACCCCCUCCCAUCAGAAUAGAGGAGGAGCCCCGUCUUCAGCCAAUGGGGCGCAGCUGUCAGGAUCUCAUCUUCAAGCGCAGGCCUGGGGGGCGUGGCUCGGGAUGUGGCCCAGCCCACAUCUGGAUGCUCGAUCCAGUCAAAUUAGCCGACAUCGAGGAUGCUGCUGAUUGGAGCAGACGAGGGGGCGUGGCCACGCAGGAGAUUGGCUGUGGUGGUAUUUCAGAAGCGCUGAGUGCCUCGUGCUGCUGUAGGAGGAGCCAGAGGCGAGGCUUCAGGACUGGACUAAGCUCCUCCCCCUGGCAGUAUGGCGAUGCCCUCUGCGGCCACUCCUCCUGCUGCAGCUCUGAUGCGGUGGCACUGUGGACUCAAUCAGACCUCCAAGCCACAGGGGGCAUUGCUGAGUUACGGACUAAAUGCUGGUUUGAGGGCCAAUCCUGUGCAGAGCAUCACAGAAGAACCGACCAAUCAGAAGCUCAGCGGGCGCUCAGGUUUCUCAGCCUAUCCGGAUGCCAUCAGAUCACAGACCUCGGCCUGAGGUGUGUGUGUCUGCGUGGCGGUCUCCCUCUCCUGGAGCACCUCAAUCUGUCUGGCUGUCCGCUGAUCACAGGGGCGGGGCUCCAGGAGGUGGUGUCCGCUAGCCCCGCCCUCAACAUUGAACACUUCUACUACUGCGACAACAUUAACGGUCCUCAUGCAGACACAGCCAGCGGGUGCCAGAAUCUGCAGUGCGGCUUCAGGGUGUGCUGUCGCUCUGGAGAGUGAUGCUCCUGUCUGUGUAUAUAUCUCUCUCUCUCUCUCUCAUCCACACGCACUUUAUUCAGGACUCGUUCUGCUUCCCCCAAAGUACAAAACGCUUCAUUAAAGUCAGAUUGGCCGUUUCUGAGGUAUUGUGAAGGAACUAAAUGUAUAUUUGUAAAUAAGUGGAAUAUCGUCACGCGCGGUGAAUGAUCGCUCUGAUUGGACAGAUUGAGAGCUUCAACAUGUGGCGUCAACUUUGGUUCUUCUUUUGUUGGUUUUUUAGUGCUGUCAAAGCAUUAAUUACAUCUUAAACAACAGUUGGUAUUUAUAUGAUAUGGUGUGUGUGUGUGCGUGUGCGUGUGUGUGUGUGUGUGUACUUUGCAUAUUUAUUAUUUAUUGAGAAAUACAAACAUGCAUAAAUACAUAAAACAAUAUUUACUUGUCAUUAU